AUGCAGUCAGGCAUCUCCGCCUCUGAGGAGCUCAUCUCCCAGUUCAACACUCUCCUGUCCACCGACAACCACUUCGGACUUCUCAUCACCAUUGAAGCCGAGACCCUAAAGCCCGUCCAAUUCCUCGAGAAGGCAUCGUCCUCUUCCUCGUUCGACGACAACCUCGCUUCCCUCCAGCCUCAUCUUAAGCCCAACGAAGCCCUUUAUGCCCUCCUUCGCCGCUAUGAUACGGCUCCGCACCUAACAGCCGUCACCUAUGUCCCCGACUCGGCCAAGGUUCGCCAGAAGAUGCUUUUUGCGUCCACCCGCCUGACCCUGGUCCGAAAGCUAGGCUCCGAGCACUUCCGCGAGUCCAUCUUUGCUACCAUGGCAGAGGAGCUAUCUGCCAAAGGUUUCGCUAAACAUGAUGCUCACACCGAGCUCGAGGCUCCGUUGACGGAGGAGGAGCGCAGCCUCGGCGCCGUUAAGCAGGCCGAACAGGAGGCCAGCACCGGUACGGGAACCAGGGAGAUCCAUCUUAGCAAGACCCUGGCCAUGCCCAUUGCCGAGGACGCUCUCGCCGCACUCAAGGAGUUGUCACCGGACAGUGGCAAGACAUUGGUGAUGCUGAAAAUCAAUCCCGAAAAGGAGUCUGUCGAGCUCGUCCCCUCUAGCGAAAGCCCCUCCUCUAUUGCCGAGCUCACGCAGACCAUUUCCUCCACCGAGCCGCGCUUCACCUUUUACCGAUUCUCACACACCCACAACGGAGCCGAGUCGAGCCCCCUGCUCUUCAUCUAUACCUGUCCCGUCAACGCCGGCAACAGGUCCAUCAAGAACCGCAUGCUGUACCCCCUCAUGAAGCGCGCCGUACUGGACGUGGCGUCUAGUGAGGCAGGGUUGACGCUCGAUAAGAAGCUCGAGGUUGAGGACCCCAGCGAGAUCACCGAGGACACGGUUCUCUCGGAGCUACACCCCAAGGUGACGGUGCGACAAAACUUUAGCAGACCCAAGAGACCUGGUCGGUAG